AUGCAGUCGAUCUCACCUUUUUAUUCGCUUACACCAGAGGUGAAAUACUCUCCACCAUGGCAGGACUUGAGCAUCAUCGGCAUCGCGGGCAGCUCUGGCUCCGGCAAGACUUCGGUGGCAAUGGAGAUCGUCAAGUCACUAAAUCUACCUUGGGUGGUGAUUCUAGUAAUGGAUUCCUUUUACAAGACUUUAUCUCCAGAUGAGCAUCGCAAGGCGCACGCAAACGCAUAUGAUUUCGAUUGUCCAGAUUCGAUUGACUUUGAUCUUCUGGUCGAAACUUUAAGAGACCUGAAGAAAGGAAAGAAGGCUCAGAUCCCAAUCUAUUCAUUUGCGGAGCACCAGCGUCAAUCUCAGACCAGCACUCUUUAUUCCCCACGGGUGUUGAUUCUGGAAGGUAUUCUCGCGCUGCAUGACCCCAGGAUCGCAGAAUUGCUAGAUGUCAAGAUUUUUGUAGAGGCUGACAUGGAUGUUUGUUUGGGCCGCCGAGUGCUUCGAGACGUGAAAGAAAGAGGCCGCGAUAUUGAAGGCAUCAUCAAACAGUGGUUUGCCUUUGUCAAGCCAUCCUACACUCGAUUUGUCGAGCCCCAGAGAGGAAUAUCCGAUAUCAUCAUUCCUCGCGGAAUUGAGAACACUACGGCUAUUGACAUGGUUGUCAAGCAUAUUCAGCGCAAGCUUCAAGAGAAAUCCGAGAAGCAUACCGAGGAACUUCACAAGCUUGGUCUCAUUGCGGCCAAGGUGGAGUUGCCUCCGAAUGUCCACGUGUUGCCUUCAACCCCUCAGAUGAUAGGCAUGAACACCAUUCUUCAAAGCCCUGAAACGGAGGAGGUAGACUUUGUAUUUUAUUUCGAUCGAUUAGCCUCGAUCUUAAUUGAACGAGCAUUGGACAUGACUCGAUAUGUCCCUACAGCCGUGGAAACAACUCAAGGAAACAAGUAUCUUGGUCUCAACCCACAGGGUAUUGUAUCCGCUGUUGCAAUUUUACGCGGCGGUUCUUGCUUGGAGACUGCCUUGAAACGAUGCAUCCCUGACUGUAUUACCGGCCGGGUAUUGAUUCAGACGAAUGAUACUAGCCAAGAGCCCGAGUUACACUAUUUGAAGCUCCCGCUCCAGCUCGAGGAGCAUAGCAGCGUCCUCCUAUUAGAUCCACAAAUGUCCAGUGGCGGAGCUGCCCUGAUGGCUGUGCGUGUCCUGCUUGACCAUGGCGUUCAAGAGGAUAAGAUCGUCUUUGUAACCUGUGCAGCCGGAGAAAGAGGCCUUAAACGUCUCACUGCAGUUUUCCCCAGGAUUAAUGUCAUUGUCGGUCGGAUUGAGGAGGAGGGCGAGCCACGAUGGAUGGAGAAGCGCUAUUUUGGAUGUUAA